GACACGAGUAGCGAGGGCUAUCGGGUCCACUUGAAUGGCACUUUGACGUUUCCCAGAUUAGCGGCCAAUGGCGCUGGUACCGAGGGACACAAGCGAGGACUGCUCUUAAACAUAGCCCCUCCUGUCAAUUGCUCCGUAAACGAAAAAGAGAAAACAAUCGCAAUGGCUGAACCGAAGAACGUUGCAUUGGUCUUUGGAGCCAGUGGUAUCUCCGGCUGGGCUGUCACCAAGUGCGCGCUCUCAUACCCCACGCCCACCACCUUUGACAGGGUGAUCGGCUUGACGAACAGACCACUGCCCCUGGAGAAAAGUGGCCUACCGCAGGAUCCUCGAUUGGAGCUGCAUCACGGUGUGAAUCUGCGAGAGGGCCUUGACGACGUGCGGUCUCAAUUGCAGGCCAAAGUUCCCAACCUACAGGAUGUCACCCAUGUGUACUAUCUCGCGUACUCCAAUGCAACCGCCUACUCCGUGGACGUGAUGGCCAUCCGGGACAUCAACGAGAAAAUGACCUACAACGCCGUCCACGCCGUCGACCAGCUGUGCAAGAAUCUCAAAUUCUUCGUUCUUCAAACCGGAACAAACAACUACGGAGUCGCCGUCUUCCGCUUCCAGGAGCACAUCAAGAUCAACCCUCCCCUCCGCGAAGACAACCCACGCAUCCCUUCUCCCUGGGGCGACGAGAUCUUCUACUACGCCCAAGUCGACCUAAUCAAGAAAGCCAACAAGGGCAAAUCCUGGAAAUGGUGCGAAGUCCGCCCAGACCAGAUCGUCGGCCACGUCCCCAUCCCCACAAGCAUGACAUACGUCGAGCCCAUCGCGCUCUACCUCAUGCUCUUCCGGUACAUCAACGGCCCCGGCGCAACCGUCGUCUUCCCAGGUCCCUACACGAACUACAUCCACACCUACACGCCGUCCUCGCAGGACAUCAUCGCCCGCUCGGAGCUAUACCUCUCGAUCGAGACGCCGGAGCGCGCACACGGAGAAGCAUUCAACACAGCAGACAGCGCCACGCCCAUGCCCUGGACGGUUGUCUGGCCGAAACUAUGCGAGUACUUUGGUCUGCACGGGCAAGGCGCGAGUCCCGAGGAUAAAGGGUGGAAGGAUAUUGAUAAGUGGUGGGCUGCGCAUCAGGGCGAGUAUAGGCAGAUGUGUGAGGAGUACGGGUUAAAUGUGCGUGAGAUACCUGAGGAGACAUGGAUUUUCAUGGCUGCGGGCUUUAGCUUUCUCGGGAGGAAUCGCGAGAUGAGUUUGGAUAAGAUUCGCAGUGUUGGGUUUACGGAGGAGUAUCCGGUUGCGCAUGGCUAUUUCCGGGUGUUUGAGCGGUUGGUUGAGGAGAGGAUUCUUCUUAGCAAGGAUGAUUGGACGAAGUAAUAUACUGGUAAGAGAUGUUAAUUUGUCUGUAUAGAUAUAUUCUUUUUGUAAAAGGAAUGACGUUGUGGCUCUGG